AUGUCUAGAAUCACAAAGACCUUAAUGUAUGCAUUGAUUCUCGUCCUUAGGUUCUACGAUGUCCCUUCUUUCUGCUACAAUUAUCACAGUCCAGAAACGCAUUACCAGCAAGAGUUUCUGAAGCCAUCUACCAUUCCGACAGUGUAUCAGAUAAUCCCAAGAAAGUACUUCAUCUAUGUUUCAGCAAUAUGCGAUUUUACAGUGUCGAGGCUGAUGAAUUCAGAAAAAUACUUUAUAUAUUCUUCCUUUCUUCCUGCAGACUCUAUAUCAAUAGAAAACCUUCUUGUGAUACUUGGAAAAGCCCACAAAGAUGCCACAAGCUUUCUACUUACACAUCUAAGUGUUUUCUAUGCCCCUCUUCUUACCAGAUCCAGCUCUUAUGUCUUGUCCUAUAUCUAUCCUGCAUACAGAAAAGACUAUGAAAAUUCAUACAGGCCUUCACUGAGUAUCGCUUGGUUCUUCCAUCUGAAUAUCUUCCCGCAGUACAGUAGAUACUUCUAUGACACGUUUUAUGCCUUGAUGAUCUAUAUUUUUAGCCUGGUACCUGAGGACCAGAGGAUGGAGAUAAUACUACUAUUCAAGCCAUCCAAUUACAAGAACUAUCUUUUGUACAUAGUAGACUCUCCGCUGUUCCAUUUCUAUCUACUUAUCUUUGUAGUAGAAAACUACAUACAGUAUCUAUUCAAGAUUCAUGGCAUAGGAAAUCCCAACUUCCUCAAUUGGUCAUACUUAGCAUUUACAUGCUUAUUUAUCUUUGAAAGAAGGGGAGGAGCGCUGAUAUCUCAGAAGGAAUGCACAAAAAAAAAGCAAGAAAAAGCCUCAGACACUCUUCCACAACCUUAA